AUGAACGUGCCACGAUGCUCUGCAUGUCGCGCGUGUUGCGGCGGGGCUCCGGCCGCGCGGCGCGGGUCGCUUGGCGGGAUCGGGCAACCAGUUUGGCGGGUCUUUCAGGCAGGUACUGCAGCACGAAGACGGCUCCGCAGAUCCCGGGGAUGGAGUACCAGGACGCCAUUUGCACCCUGAACACGCUGCAGACGAACGCCGCCGCCUUGGAGCAGGUACGGCGAGAGCGCAGCAACCCUCAGCUGCAGCUGAACGCCAUGGGAGGCUUCCUGGAGCGAGCCGGCCUCACGGUGAACGAACUCGACCAUCUCAAUAUCAUCCACGUGACGGGGACAAAGGGCAAGGGCUCGACGUGCGCGUUCACCGAGCAGAUCUUAAGAAAUCAUGGCUUCCACACAGGAUUUUACAGCUCUCCACAUCUGGUCCAAGUCAGGGAGAGGAUCCGGAUCAACGGGCAGCCCAUCGGGAAGGAGCUCUUCACUAAAUACUUCUGGCAGGUUUACGGACGACUCGAUGAAACGAAGGAGGCCCACGGAGGCUCGAUGCCGGCAUAUUUCCGUUUCCUCACCAUCCUGGCCUUCCACAUCUUCCUCCAAGAGAAGGUGGAUGUAGCUGUGAUCGAAGUCGGCAUCGGCGGAGCGUACGACUGCACCAACAUCAUAAGGAGGCCGUGGGUGUGCGGCGUCUCCUCCCUGGGCAUAGACCACACCCAGAUUCUUGGAGACACCAUCGAGAAGAUCGCCUGGCAGAAAGGAGGCAUCUUCAAGCCUGCAGUUCCUGCCUUCACCGUCAGACAGCCGGAGGGGGCGAUGCCUGUGCUGGAGCAGCGGGCCAAAGAGAUCGGAUGCCCGCUGUGGGUGUGUCCACAGCUGGAGGACUACCAGGCAGACUGUGAACCUCUGCGCCUGGGCCUGGCGGGGCAGCACCAGCGCUCCAACGCCUCCCUCGCCCUGCAGCUGAGUCACGCCUGGCUGCAGCGGAGGUGCCUGCCAGGUGACAGCUUCCCCUCCACCACAGUUAAAGACGGCGGUACUCUUCAGGCAGCUGCCUUCAGUCCCAGCCCCAUGAUGGUGAAAGGCCUGGCAGACACCGUGUGGGCCGGCAGGACCCAGACCCUGAAACACGGAGAGGUCACCUACUUCCUGGAUGGAGCUCACACCAUGCGCAGCAUGCAGGCCUGUGUUCAGUGGUUCAGAGAGACGGCGGCUCAGCACGAGAGGAACGCCAGUGGCCCUGUGGCCAGAGUCCUGCUGUUCAACGCCACAGGAGAGAGAGACUCGGCUGCCAUGCUGAAACUGCUGGUGGCGUGUCACUUUGACUUCGCUGUGUUUUGCCCAAACAUCACUGAAGCCAUUGCUUCCUGUAACGCAGACCAGCAGAACUUCAACGUGUCCGUGGAGAACAUGCUGACUCGCUGCUUGGACAACGAGAGGAGCUGGCGCCUCCAUAACCGCCCGGGCGAUGACGAAGGCGCCCGGCUGCUGAUCGAGGACGGCCUGUCCCGUUUCCCUGACAACAGAGGCGACACCCUGGUGUUCCCGUGCAUCCUCAGCGCCCUGCAGUGGAUCACGCAGGGCAGGGACUCUGUGCUGGUUAACCCGGCCGAGACGACUCUGCCGGUUAAACCGAGCGUCGUGGCCAAAGCCGCCGCUCUCCGCGAAGCGACCGAGAUCCACGUCCUCAUCACUGGAAGCCUCCACCUGGUGGGAGGAGCUCUCAAACACCUGGACCCAGCUUCCUCUAAGUAACUGUUUGCAUAUAUUUAUACUGGGGGGGGCGGGGGGUUUUUAACAUGUCUGGAUCAGGUACCGAUCAGGCAGCUCCAGCUUCACCCUGAGCCUUACAGAGGGUCACAGGUGCUCCACAGGUGCACCUUCAGUCCUACCUGAAAGCAGGUGUGUUUACAUGAACUGCAGAGCUGAGCUGCUGAAACGACACUAAAUGUUUCUGAUUAUGAACGUUUAACGAUUUCAGAGAUGAUGUUUAAAUUUUCCUUGAUUGUGUCACUCAGUUUAAACCCACUGUAAUGUUUCUGGCCUUAACUUCACUUUACCUGAUGAGCCUGAUGCGUGCGGCUGGAUUUGGAGCUCAGAGGGGAAAUCCUUCAGCCGUGCAGACUCAGAAUAAACUUCACUCAUGUGUUCAUGUCCCCUGAACUUCACUGCUGCUCCUUCAGACCUCAGCCCCGUAUUCAUGUAGACGUUGUGCCAACCGUAGUUUAACACUGUGGUUUCUCCCCUAUCAGCUGACAGGAAGUGUCACAGACACGAUCCCGUCUCUGCAGCGCCAUCAGCAAUAAAAAUCUUUAAACAUGACUCUGCUCUCUUCCUGCACGUGA